CCAGCAGAAUAACAAGUGUCCACCAUUAGGGCUCAUUAAGCAGAGUCUCAGGCCUGAUAGCACCUCUUGGCUGCCUGUAUUGUGGUGCCGCAGGACUCGGGCCUGCACAGCACAGCCCGCAUCCCGCCCCUCCCAGCCGGCCUCACCAGUCUCCUCCCACCGUGAGCUGGAGUUCCAUGACGAGCAGACCCCCGACCCACCGCCUCUGCUCCGGCAGUCAUCGAGGAGCGACCGCGCCUGGACGACCACUACCAUCAUAAAAAAAAAGGUGUGCUUAAAGGUCGCAGCAGUUAUAGUGACAUGGACAGCAGGAGUCAUUACACACCCUGCAGAGCUAACACAGGAGCCUCGCCUGACCUGCCAAGCAGAAAAUGACUCAGAGAAAUGGAAUCAGAGGGACGAGUGAUCACUGCCUCCACUCGGAGGCCUCCAUGGUCCGUGAGCGCGCCAACGGCAUGGAGCACGAUAAAGUUCAAGAGGCCAUCGACUGUGAGUUGGAGGAAGGGGGCCAGGGAGGUGAAAACAGAGACUCUGUGGCUGUAACGGGAGCAGUAACAGCUCCUGAUGGGGGCUGGGGGUGGGUGGUGCUGGUUGCCACUAUCAUAGUCCUGGCUUUGACCCUGGCGUUCCCCUCCUGUGUGGGAAUCUUCUACACAGACUUGCAGAAUGAGUUCCACGCCUCCAACAGUGAAACCUCCUGGGUGCCCUCCAUCAUGACGUCAGCGCUUCAUGCUGGAGGUCCCUUUUGUAGCGUGUUGGUGGACAGACUUGGUUGCCGGGCGACAGUCAUGUUGGGUGGAGUCCUGAGUGGACUUGGAAUGGCUGCCAGCUCAUUUACCCAGUCCAUCACCGAGCUCUACAUCACCGCGGGGGUUAUUACAGGACUUGGUUUCUGCUUCAGCUUCCAGCCAGCUGUGACAAUCCUUGGGCACUACUUUGUGCGUCGACGUGUGUUUGCCAACGCCAUGUCCUCCACAGGCACCGCGCUGGGCCUGUGCACUCUCCCUUUCCUGGGUAACUACCUCCACACAGAGCUGGGCUGGAGGGGAAGCUUUCUUGUUUUGGGGGCGGUCCUGCUUAACUGCUGCGUGUGCGGAGCGGUGAUGAGGCCCCUCCAGGCCCCCAAACGUCGAGGCCAACCCCUGAUGAACCACGGACCCCCUCCGCCAGAGGUGGAGAGUGUGAAGAAGGGGAAAGGAAGGGUGAGGACGAUAUGGAGCUGCCUGGCGGCUUCCCUCAGCAAACACAUGGCCUUUGAUCAGCUCCGCAACAACUCACGUUACCGUGUGUUCGCUAUAGGCAUCACCUGGAUGAUGCUUGGGUUUGUGGUGCCCCUGGUGUAUCUGGUUCCCUACGCCACAGCCCACGACAUGGAGCAGGGCCGGGCCGCGAUGCUGCUCUCCAUCCUGGGCAUUGUUAACAUUGUGGUGCGACCGCCAUUCGGCAUCAUGUUCAACAUGCCCUGGUUCAAAGGGCGACACAUCUAUGUAUUUGCCUCGGCUUUGUUGGUCAAUGGGCUCAGUAACAGUAUCUGCUGCAUCGGGCCCAGUUUCUCUGUACUGCUGAGUUAUGUGACGAUCUACGGGCUAUCCAUGAGUGUUGUGGGAUCCCUGAUGUUCACUGUACUCAUGGAUACAGUGGAGAUGAGCCGCUUCCCCUCAGCUCUGGGUCUAAUCGCUAUAAUGGAGAGCGUCACACUGCUCAUCGGGCCUCCACUGGCAGGAGCCCUGGUUGACAGAACAGGCCAGUACUUCCAUGUCUUCUUUGCCUGCAGCGCCGUUGUUGCCUCAUCUGCCGUGUUUCUCAUGGUGUCAUUUUGCUGGCUGGAUAAAAGGGACAAGAAGUCAUCCAAGCAAGGUCAACCCUCCGCACUGCCCGACCCAGCGAGACCUGCUGUCGACGUCGCCCCUGGCUGCCAGUACAGCAGCGUGCCCACAGAGGGAGACAAAGACAAGGCCUCGGCGAACGGGGCAGAGUAUAUCACCAGCCUCUGAACCUGCUUACACACUGUGUGUCACCCUUAACACACAUCACACUCUGGGUCUGACAGGUCUGCAAAUAAUUCCUAAUGUUUGCACCAGCUCGCUCGGUGUGCCAGAUGUUCAAAAUUGACUCUUCUGUGGUUGACAGCACACCCGAUUUGGUCUAAACUGUCUCCAUGUGAUGAACCGUUACCAUCUGGUACGCCAUAAAAGUCAAAACAAAUACUACGAAUAAUUUGCUCUGUUUGACCCAGUUUAAACACUUGAUCCUAUAUACCAAAAUGAACAGAUGUGCACUUACAACUACAAUGUGAUUGUACUGUUUAUUGUAAUAUGCUGCUGAUCUUAUCUAUGUGAUCACACAAUCUAUCAUACAUGAGAUAUCUCACUCUAUCAAGCUGCAAACACGAUCCUUUGUUGAGGAAAUCUCACAAAAUCCUUUCUAGAUGUUUGCUAAAGUCAUAGUUUUUGAUGAUUUAUCAGUAUAUGGUGAGCUUACAGACGAGGAAAAGCUACACCCAGAACAACAUAAGCCAGUCAUAUUUCUACAGCAGUGGUCGUGAUGAAAUAACAAGCACAUUGAGCAGUAAUAUCAGCGGGUGAAAUCAAAGUAAUGAAAGCAAAGUGAGAAUAAGCAUUGGCUUCCAGAUUAUCAAGAGUUAAAUGAUAAGAAUGGUGUUAUUCUUCUAGGCUUUUCUUAUUGUCAACAAAUCUCAAAAGACCAAACUAUGUGUUAGCAUGGCUGGAGUAAGUGUGUAUCAGGAACCGCGCAGUGCUAACACAGCUGACUACACUAAGGCUGCAACUAACGAUUAUUCUUGUAUAGUCGAAGAAGUUUUUUUAUCUCUAUGAUGCCAGAAAACACUGAAAAAUGCUGUUACAAUUAUACCAACCAGUACUGCUAUCCUGGAACAUAACUGGAUCCAGGUUUGUAGUGUGCACAAUUACUUUGUAGUAGUUUUAUUUAAAUUUAUUUAGGAAUAUAUACCUGGUAAGCACAAUAUUGUUUGAAAUGAUAAACUGUAUUUUGACACAGGGCACCUCUUCAACUCCGUACCUCAAGAUUAGGUAAUAAUCACCAGAUCCUCACACAAAAUAGCACAUGCCGCCUGCGCUGACCUGAUUUGACAGCUCUUUGCAGCACGUACACAAAAUGUUCCACCAGCAUCGUGAACCAUACAAGCUGAUAAACACACAUUUCACAGGGCUUGUCGUGACUGGAUCCAAAUGUUAAGGGUACUGUCUCUGCCUACGCUUAAAAGUUGUGAAAAGAUUAAAUUAAAGGUUAAAGCACAGCAUCUUCAUUAUUUGGUGCUGUUUGAUUAUCAGCUGAUAGAGAUUCAACGUCAUACCUGAUACCUCGUUUGCAGGGGAGUUUUCCUGCCCCUUAAAGUCUGAGGCCCCAGUGUCUCUGAACUUUUCACCUUCCCUACCCCGUAUGUGGCGCUCAGGUACAAGCCUGCUGGUUCCUGUUGCAAAAUCUUUCUAAAAUGGGUCACAAACUUAUACUUUCCAUUUUU